AUGUCUACUAGUGUAUUGAACUUGGAUUUAAAUCAAGGAGAUAAACCUAAAAAGAGAAAAUAUUCAAGUUUAGGUUGUAGGGAAUGUAAAAGAAGAAAAAUAAAAUGUGAUGAAAAACAUCCAGCUUGUUGGCAAUGUACAAGAUUGAAAAAAGAUUGUUCAUAUCCUGAAAUUGGUGAAAAAGUUUUAAGAGUUUCAAAAAAGAAACAAAAAUUACAAGAAUUAGAACAAGUUGAGCAACAACAAUUUCAACAACACCCACAACACCAACAACAACAACAACAACCAAAUCAAAUAUAUAAUAAUCAGCCUCAUCAUCAUUUACAACCACCACUUAAAAUUGAACCGCGCCUUUUUGAAGAAAGACAACCAAUUAAUUUAACUCAACAACAGCACCAACAACAACAACAACCACUACAACCACCACAGCCACAACCACAACAAACACAACUACAACAAACACACUCAUUUGAUCAAGCAUUAACUUAUAGAUCUGGUCCACCGCCGUAUUCAAAUCAAACUAUACUACCGAAUCCCUAUCUGAGUAGAACAAAUCAAUAUCAACCUUUUCAACAUCAUUUAUUAAAUCCUCAAGAUCAACAACAUGUAAAUUUACCACCACCAAAUAUUCCAAAUGCAUUAUUAUAUAGAAAGGAAGUACCAAAAGGUUCAUCAAAUUUAGUAAAUUUAUUGAAUAAAAAUCAAGAUUCAUAUAACAAUCAUAAUAAUAAUAAUAGCAAUGGGAAUAGUAGUUUAAAAAAUUGUUGCAAUGAAAGUCCAACAAAUACAACAACAACAACUACUUCAAUAUCACCACCUUUUUUCAAUGAUGAUUUGAUUGAAGUUUAUGAAGUUAGUGAUUUGAAUCUUUUGGCGAGUGAUUUACAUAACAUGGUAAAUGGAAUUUUAUAUAAUAUGACAGAUUCUGCGAAAGCUAAAAGUUCAGAAACUCAAUUAAAAUCUCAACAACAAAAUAUAGAUAAUGUUGGAAAAAAUUUACCAGUUGAUUUUAUAAAAUUAGAAGAUUCUAAAAAUCAAAUUUAUAUGAAAGAAUUUUAUUAUAAUUUUGCAAAUGUUGUAUUACCAUUUUCAUCUUAUGAUGAAGAAAAUAAAAUACUUUUCAAUCCUGCAAGAGAUAUAUUAUUAACAAGUGCUGCUCAUACUGAUUAUGUAUUGGCUGCUGUAUUAGCAAAUGGUGCAUGGGCAAGAUUUGAUUCAACUCAAAAUCCUGAGGAUGAAGAAUAUUAUUAUUUAUAUUUAAAUGAUUGUUUGAAAAUGUUAAGUCCAGCUAUAGCUGAUGAUAGUAAAUUAGGUUUAAAUAUUGAAAGCAUUUUAUUAACUGUAUUAUUAUUAACUGCAGCAAAUGCAGCAAAUCCAAAACAAGAUUGGAGACCACAUUUAAGAGGUGCAAAAGAUUUAUUGAUGAAAAGUAGUCAUAAAAAGUUAAAGUAUUCAAAAACUUUUGUUUUCUGUAAAUGUUGGUUUGUAACAUUAGAAAUUUUAGCAAGUGUAAGUUCUAAAAAAGGGGGUACAUUACAUACAGAUGAAGAAAUUGAUGAAAUUAUAAAUUUAAGUAGUAAUUAUGAAAAAAAAAUAUUAAAAGAUUUGGGAUUAGUACUUAGUAAUGGGUUUAAUAUUAUGGGAGGUUAUAAACAUGAAGUUUAUUGUUUAUUUCGGGAUUUAAUGAAGACAUUAAACAAGAUUAGAAAUAAUUCAUUUGAUCCAAAAGAAUCAUUACAAUAUAUAAAUUUAUUUUGUAAAUUAAAUCAACAAGUUAAUGUAUUUGAUAAAAACACAAUACCAGUGAGUGAUCAAAAUAUUCGAUGGUUGGAAAUAUCACAUAAAACUUAUGUGUACGCAGCAUUAAUAACAGUAUUAACAACAUGUUUCGAAGAAACUUUUGCAUCCCCACAGGUUCAAGUAUUAACCAAUGAAAUAUUAAAAUCUAUAGAAUUUAUAAAUGAUUAUGAAGCAAAUCCAGAUCAUAAGGAAAUUAUGUUUUUACAAUGGCCAAUGUUAGUUGCUGGUACAAAUUUAGUUGAUGAAACUAAACGAGAUUUUGUCAAAAAGUUUUUCCAAUUACUGUCAAAAGUUGGAUCCGGUGGCGCAUUAAUUGCAUUGAAAAGAAUAGAUAAAAUUUGGGCUAAAAGAGACGGGAAACCAUUAGAUUCUGAUGGUUAUGAAUCUGAAGAUUUAGUGAGUUAUUGA